UUUUCUCCCAAACAUUUCGGCAUCUGUCUGUGCACCGAGACUCUCUGUUUUGUGAAUUCUUCUCCAAAAUAUCCCCAAGUGUGUAAACAGGAAAACACAGUUAACCAGGGGCAUAUAAACUUUCGGUCAUCUCUGAAAACAAAUACCUGUUUGCACUCUGAGUAACACAGUGUGAAUCAAUAGUGCGUGCGUGUGUGUGUGCGUGUGUGCGUGUGAGUGCGUGUGUAAGAAUGAGCCAAAGGUCGUCAGCGACAGUGACGUUGUGAAUCCAGGAAACAGAAGCGAAAUCCAGUGUAGCUUCCUCAAUUUCAAUGAAAAGGCAGCAAUUGGAGCUACAAUGGAUCAAAGGGAUGAAAAUGACAUGGUCGUCGAGGAUUGCCAGAAUGGAGUUUACCUUGACCUCUUUCUGCAUGUGUCGCUCGUCCCCGCAGUGCUGAUAACAGUCGUGCUCUCGUCCCUGCAAAGGCGAGCAAACAUUCAAACCAUUGAUCACAAGCUUCCUUUCCUCAGAGGACGUUUCGCUAUCGUGAUACCUUUAGACACGAUUGGCAGCCUCAGUAACCGCUGGUCCUAUGGGUUCGCCUACGGUGUUGUCUCCUACAGCGUCCUGCUGCUUUUCUCAGAGACAUAUGUCCCUUUCCCGGUUCCAAAGUGGGCCAAAGCUCUGGUGUAUCUUAUCGGAGCUUUGGAGGUCGGCAUGGUGAACUUCCCUUUCUUUGCGUGUUUGUCAACACCUUUUCGGACAGUCGGUGCGGUGCUGGGGAUACUGUACUCUAUGUCAUGGAUCAUCGUCACUGUUUGGGACACUUUCACCUGUCCAGAUGAGAAGAUUUUGGGGAACCGUAAAAUCAUCGUCCAGUGGCCCUGCAUCCUGUCCCUGGUCUUUCUUCUGGGAAGAUUCUUCUACAUGCUCAUCAAAGGAGUUCGUAUACAGCUAGAGCUGGAACCACCCGACUCUGAUGAGAUGGUGGACAAGCACCAGCUGAAACAUGUGAAGAGACUAUUGAGGAAAACAUCGGAUGACAAAGGGCAUCUCAGCUGGUUCCAAAGAAAAGUGUAUGAGUGGGAUCCGCACUUCAAGUUCCCCAACCGGAUCAUCGGCACGGCCAUCGUUUCCGUCAUCGGCCUUUACGCGAUGACUCUGGCUGACUACAGUGUGAGCAGUCUGGUGUUUGGUCAAGCAGACAGGUGGAAGGACACGCUCAAGCAUCUGGUUACGUCGUGCAACCAGACUCAAGCUAUUGGCCUGGUGCCGGAAUUGGAAGAAUUCAUCGACGUGGCCCGCAAGACCUGGCUUGCUACCACUGUCUUUGCAAGUCUCAAUUCCUUGGUUUACAUCUUGCAUGUGCUGGCCUGCUACCGGAAACACUUAAAGAGACUGUGGAAAGGAGAAAAGAGCUUCAUUCCAGACAAACUACACACUGCUAAAUCUGCCACCAACCUUACUUCCAUUGCGCGCUACUCUGGAUGGCAAGUUGCAUUCACAAUGUGGGGUUACCUCAUCGUCCAUUUUGUCCACUUCCUCGUCGUCCUGUUGUUUGUGUAUGUUUUUGUCAUACCCAUAAAGCACGGAAGGGCGGUCAGCAUGCUCAAGAGUCUUGGCACGGUGAUCCUGACCAUCGGUUUGGUGAUCGGCACCUUCAUUCUCCAGAUGGUUCUGGUGCAGAUUUUCUUUCUCCGGGAAAAACUGUCUCCCACUGAUAAGUACAAACCUCUGGCUAUUGACAACAAGAAAGCAUUUGACUGCUUCAAUUACUUUUUCUUCUUCUACAAUGUGGUGAUGGGCUUCAGCACCUGCAUCUUGAGGCUGAUUUUCAGUGUCAUGGUGGGAACGUGGCUGAUCUCUCGUAUAGACCGCACCAUCAUGCAGAGAGGGUACGAGAGAAUGGAUGCAGGCUACAGGACCUGGAUUGGGAUGAUCAUUGCGGAUCACUAUCAUAACAACCCAACGAUGGUGUGCUUCUGUCAGCUGCUGAUCUCAAACACUCUGGAGAAGCAAACAACACGCUCAUAUGUCACUUUUGACAGCACAGCAGCUGAUGGCUCAGUGAACAGUCGGGCCAAAAGACGCUGGGCUUUGUUCUACACCUUGCUGAGGAACCCUCACCUGAUCCUUCAUAGGAAGCACCAUCUUUCCUCUGCAGCGCUGAAUCUGCCUGCCGCUCAGAUGGAUACGGCAGUGCGGGCUUGGGUCAUGACCUCACAGUUACAGGUCCAACAGUCAGUACUGCUGCCGGAAAUCAUCGUCAUGCAGGACGAUGAUUGUUAGAUUCUAACUGAUUCUGGGAAACGCCCCUUCUUCUUCAUCCUGUCUGUCUGCUUGCUUUUAAGGCUGCUGGUAUAGGACAGAUUGAUAUAUAGAUGGCAGUGUGCCUGUGAAAGGUCAUUUUAUAGUUGACCUGAGCAUAACACAGUUGAAGGUCAAAUCCAGGAGUUUCCCUCUAACUGUGCCUCUUUGAAUGAGGAAUCUGAAUUUGCUGUCUCACCUGCCUUUACAAGUAUAUUCCGAAAAAUAAUCAUGUAUGCAUUGUUGUGGGGAAAAAUAUAUAUUAAUUUAUUUUUGUUUUUCGCUACACGUAUCAUUGGUGAAUAAUAAAGUAAGUUAUUGUGUGUUGUAUAAUUGCCUGAUCUGAAUUG